ACAAGACUGCAGCAGGACUUUAAACAUUUGUUCAGGAUGAACAGAAGACUACAGGAGGAAAUUGAGGAAAUAAAAGAAGAAGAUAACUACUUCCAUGCACCAGCCUGGACUGUGGAUAAAGUGGCAGCCCCUCCAGACCAGAGGUCUCGCUUCUUCACUCGGUCUUUUCCACUGAUAGCAGUGUGUUGGCUGAUACUGUUAGUCAUCAUGGGCCUUCUUAUCCACUUUACUUCUGUCAUUUCUAAAAACGACGCCAAGCUGACGGCAGAAAUCCAGCAGCUGGAGACACUGAUGCAGCAUCUGAAUUUAUCCAAAGACAACGAGACUCUUCUGGCUGCCAUUCAGCACCUGACAAACCUCAACGACAAACUGAGCUCAGACAAUGAGAAGUUGAGGAGGGACUACGACAAUCUGACAGCAGUAACAAACUGGAAUAAACUCAACGUCAACCCCAAAGGAAAAGAAAGGAGACGGUGUAAAGCUUGUCAGGAGGGCUGGGAACUCACCGGGCCCAGCUGCUAUGAGGUUCAUGACGUUAAGUAUCGUGAUCGGAAAACCUGGGAAGAAGCUGAAGAAGACUGCAGAGGAAAGGGUUCACAUUUGGCUGUUUAUACUCAAGAGGAACAGGGCAUAAUCAGUAAAUACAGCCGGGGUAGUUCAGGAACUGAUGGAUACUGGAUUGGCCUGAGAGCUGAAGGUGGGAGAUGGAAGUGGAUUGAUGGAAGUGAUCCAACUAUAAGCUUCUGGACACAACCACCUACUGCUGGUCAGUGUGUAAUUUCUGCCCUGGACGGCGGAUGGAGAUCAGUGAACUGUGCUGAGAAAAAACGAUGGCUCUGCAAAAUGAAGGCUUUAUCUGUUUAAACACUGUAUUCACAUUAGACGGUAACUGGAUACUCUGCAUGAUAAUAUCAACUGGCUUCUAAAUAUCAAAUGUGUGUUUGUGCUCUGUGUGUUUCUCUCUGCAUCUUUGUUAGAGAUGCAGUGAUUAAAGUUUUUUUUUUAUCAGAGUGAUGAAAGGGAACAACCUCCUUAAAGUUUCCUGUUUCCUCUUGUCGUUUAAAAUGUUUAAUUGUUGCAGCAGGGGGCGCUGCAUCACUUGUUCUCAACAGAAUG